UCUCCCUCCGACGGUCGCCAACACGGGGCAGGAGCACUUUCUUUGCUUUCCUUGGAGCUUUCUAAUAGGAGCUGUUGGCUGGAUAAGUUGGUUCGCAGUGUUGUCAACCACCACCAAACCGACCUCCACCUUCUCUCAACAUUGAUGCGUACCUAUGCAGAUACUCGGGAUUUCACCUCCAUCCCCUCCAUUUAUAGAACUUUCUCUCUCCCGACCAACCAGUUUGCCAUGUUGGUAGUGUCAAUCUAUUCUUUCUUCUGAGCAAAUAUAACUUUCUCCCCGCUGAUAAAGACAUGGAAUGAAUAAUUUUUUUUGUGUCCUUCAAUUUCAUCGUAAGAACGGGUUUGGUAGCAGAGACAUUGUCCAGCUCAACUCUACGUGCACAUUUCUUGACGAACUUUCUCCUAGUCAUCCUUGAGCACAUUUGCUAUCCGUGGACAUUUAAUUUUCGCCGUCCGUGUGAGUGAAAGUGACGCUGAUGAACAUUACAGUUAGGCUGCAUUCGCUCCAUCAACUCCCACACAACUUUGUUGUUGCCAGUGUUCAAAGUAAUUUUGAAUUGUCAAUUUUAGUCAAAACUCGGCAUCAAGCUGAAUUCUUCCUACCCGUCAAACUUGACCUGUGACCACCUGUGUCUGUUGCUUCGCCUUUCUUCACUUCUUAAUAAUACGAAUUGCUAUCAUCGGUCUUCUGGAGGACCAGUCUUGCACUCGUACCCACAGCUUUGUCAGCUUCAACGACCACAUUCCGCAUCUACUUAUCAAAUAGAACGUGCUAACUUCUACCCGUCUUAUUCCAACUCUCCAAUAUAUUGUCACCCUAACUUUCCUAUCGUAUUUCCCAGAGAAAAUCCACCAAAUUGCCGUCGUUUCAGCCAUAAUUUCUCUAAAUCAGAGGAACAGCUUCCAUCCUACUUUCCAUCAUCAUCUUCAUCGCUUUCACUCUUGCAUCAAGUACAAGUAGCGUCCGUUUCCUCUAAUUCUAAUAAGUACAAGAAACAACCUUAUCUCCAAAACUUAUCUGCGCAACAGUGGAGGAGAGGCGUAGAAUCAAAUUGCCACCCAAAUGGUGAAUGUUUAGUCCGUGAUAAUCAUCCUCAUAACACCUCAUCGUCGCAACAAUCAUUUUUUGACAAUUUUUCGGGCAGUAAUAACUACCUCGCAAAUAAUAAAUCACCAAAAUUGAGAGGACUUAUUCUCAGAAAAGAAUCCGGCCCCAUUUAUGCAAAGUGUCGACAGACUGCUGACGACUACUGGUCUGAAGACGAGACAGAAUUUGAGUUCCCAGAAGAAUCCCUCACUUUAAUUGCUGAAGAAGAACAGCCCGUUAACCCAAAUUCGUCGCAACCGCCGCCAAUGGGGACUGUUUUAAGUUUUUCCCCACGGGGAUCCACAGCCUCCGAGCCCAGCAUGACCCUUUCUAACCACCCCCCACCCGACAUAAUUCUGACUCAGACCCAACUUCACCAACACCUAAAUAACCACCACCACUCGGCAAUUACUCAACCCUUCAAAAAACAUUCCUUGUUUCUAAAUGCACUUUCAUGGAAGAAAGUGACCAACAAGAAAUCUGGGAGUCAGCCGACCGAGUCGCAAAUGAAAUUAGCUCAGCAAUUACAGCAUAAUGCCAACCAGAAUCAAACAACAAUUCUUCACAAUAAUAUAAAUAAUAGCGCGAAUAAUAUUGUCCAGAACAACGUCAGCCACAACAAUAACCACCACCACCACCAUCACGGUCCCCACCCAAACAACAAUCAUAAUCAUGUCCAUCACCACGUCCACGGGAGGAUGCCACUGGAUACCAUUCAACCCUUCAUGAAUAACCAGCAUAACAUAAAUAUCAAUAACAAUCUUAACCAUGGAACAAGCGUUAAAAAUAUCAACAGCACAAACAAACUUCCUCCCGUACUUUCCCAUCGUGGUCUGGAUCUGGUUCGAUGCCCACCUCAGACGCAAACCUCAAAAAUCGACACCAAACUCGCCCCGAAAGCAAUUUUGACAUCUGGCCCGUUUGUAGGAAGACGGACGGUGAUUCAGGCGUCUACAUCCGAAUUAUUGAAAUGUCUCGGUGUAUUUCUCCGUCGUAAAUGCAAGAAACUGAAAGAUUUCCAACCCUCAGACGCCAUCCUUUGGCUCCGAACGGUGGACCGAAGCCUACUACUCCAAGGUUGGCAGGAUAUCGGUUUCACUAAUCCGGCAAAUAUCGUGUUCGUCUACCUCCUGAUCCGCGAAGGCGUGUGGUUAAGACCCAGCAGCAGCAGCAGCAUCAAGUCCAACGGUCAAAAUGGAACUGGGUCGAACGAGGAGUACACCCCACUCAACAACAACUACGACGUUUCCCCCAACGAGAAGAGGAAGUCGACCUUUUUCGACGCCAUUGAAAGUGAGAGAGAGCUGCACUCCUACGUCCUCACCUGUCUCUACCUCUCAUAUUCCUACAUGGGCAAUGAAAUCUCAUACCCUCUGAAACCCUUCCUCGUCGACGACAACAGGGAACGGUUUUGGGACAGAUGUCUCCUCAUUGUCAAUCACAUGUCCAGGGAUAUGCUCCGGAUCAACUCGGAACCCAGCUUUUUCACUGAAAUUUUCUCAGAACUUAAGGCAGUGGGCGUGACGGUGUAAUAACCGAUUGAGAUGUAUAAGUAUAACGUUUUAAAAUUAGUUUAGUACUUAAGACUAAGAUUAGGACAGAGUCUACCUGUCAGUUCCUUGAAAUAUUGUCCUUCCUAAAUUAGACAGGGAUAUGUAAGGUUAUGUACUGUAUACAAGAGCGGCCCUUUCGUGGUCAUUCUACGAUAAGCAUUCCAGCCAAUGAACCACUGUGUGGACAUUUAUGGGAUUUACUAGGAGGAGACAUGUUAACAAGACUUUCAAUAUUUUUAUGGUCUCUAUUUAAAAUCUCCAUGUACAUUUAGAUAAGUAGGCGGGAUGCGUGUAUGCGCAUGAGCAACAAUCACCGCAUUACUCAGUACAUUUCCGUGAUUUUAAUUAUUAAUUUAAAUAUUUCUCAUUACGAGUUACAUUCCAAUUAUGUUAUAAAUUACCAUUACGGAUCUGGAGAUACGCUACAAACGAUAUUAAAACUGUUGCAAUGCAGUCCGUUAGCGAGUACUAAAGUUAACAGAGCGUAGAGUGGGAGUACAUUGUAAGGGUUUGAAAAUAAGAUGUAAGGUGCUCUUUGCUGGCAAUCUGCUCAUCCCACUGAUGAUGGCUGGGCAUUGACAGCCAGGGAAUUAUGUAAAUGAGGUUCUUUCUGGAGUUUAAUUUUGAUUGGUCGUUUCGCCGAGCAGAUAUUUUGAGGCGUUUUGGUGACGAAAGUACGGAUUCAUUCACAUAUUUAAAUAGCAUGAUGAUGAUAGAUUUAGAUAUGUCGUUCCUUUGAUGGUAUUGAUUGAUACGUGUAAUGUUUACCUGUUAAUUAUUAAUGUUUGUAUUUCAGUUUUUAGAAAUUUGUACUGUUGUAAGUAAUAGAAACCCAUCAUCACUUUAUAGAUUUUGUAUGAUACACUGCCCAGUUAUGGAUAGAUACAUAGAUGUGAUGUGUAUGUAUGCUCUACAACAACCGACCCUCAAAUUAGUUUUUCCUACUACUUAUUAUCUCGUUGACCAAUCAGCACUACUUGCAAUUUUAAUCAAGUAGGUGAAUCAGCUUUAAAAAGUAACGAAAUCGGAACUCAACAAGUUAAACAAUAACCUAAACCAAAAGGAACGAAUGAUAUUUGAAAUCUUACUCAUCGUCAUUACUGUUAUUACCAGAAACAAAUAAAUAGUCUUAUGUAUUCAAUUUGUGUUGUCAACAUCAUAGGUCAUACAUGAAUAGUCCCCUCUAAACUUAAUCUGAAAUUCGCAUAUCCUAUCAUUUUCAAAUUAUUCGUACCCAUUAAUAAAUUAACAUAGUAGAGUACUGAAUAUUACUGUAAACGAUGUGCUAGUAUUUUAUGUACGAUGAUGAUGAUGAUUCGCCAUACAUGUUUCAACCAAAUUUAACCAAUCGAAAUAAAUAUUGUUUUGAGCGUCUUUCGGAAA